CUCCGGACUUGCAACAUAUUUAGUACAAGUACAGAGUACACUGCUUGUACGGUACAAUUAGGGGCUUGGUCUGCGGGCGGAAUUAUUCUGUUUCUAUUCCUGUUAUGCUCACGUCUUCCUACGUCUAUCUUGCAGCAUCAUCUUCUUCAGAGAGUGUUCCGAUCAACUGCCUGCCAUGUGAGCUGGGCGCUGUGGUUGGCGUGUCGACCAAAAAGAAGGGGGGGGAGAAGAGGGGGAAUAUAAAAAUCUCCCAUUUCUUUGUUCUCAUGUACGGGGGACUGACUGUCCAUAAUAUAGUGCUAGAUAGAUACUGGCUGUACCACUGCUCCCAGCCUCAACAGAGGAAAAAAAAGAUGGCCCAAGAUGACACUGCCAAGGUUGAUAUGGAUAAACUACCCUUUUGAGCGACAGUGUUGCUCCUCUCAAAUACCCCAUCCAUCCAUGUCCUUCUUUUCUAGUCAGUCCUCCUGUCACUCGCUAAGUUAAUUGUACAGUAUCAGCAUCAUCGCUGUCGUCCUGGCUGGACACCUUUGACAGAGGGAAAUGACACUAUCCACUGAUGGUUUCCUGACUGUGAGUGAGUGCUGCGGCAGUCGCUAUCUGUUCAAGGAUGGAAAGCAAGUAAUCGUCACUGGGCCGCUGUCCAUCGAUCUCAGUUCACUGCCGCUGCUUGAUGAUACCACAAUAGUGGAGGGCAAGUCCGUUACUUAUGAAAAGCGGUUCACGGAUAGCAACACCAUUCCUAUUGCCGACAGCGACUUUCCUGAUAUCCCACGGAUUGACUACCAUGCCAUGCAGCAUGGGACGUGGAGCGACUGCUUACCUAUAGAAUUCAGCGAUGGCACUGAUCAUCCGGAGACAGUGUUCAAGCUCGCUGCGUGGAAGACCAAAAAGGUAUAUCGUGAUGCUACGAUCCUAUCGGGACUAGUAAGCAACGUCAACAUUGUCCGUUUGCUGAGCAUCGUGACUGUUGACGGUCGUUUCGCUGGGUAUGGAAUGGAGAGGCUCUACGGAUGGCGCUCUCCUGUUUCUCCUACAACAACGGAACUGGUGAAGAAAAUGCUGCCAGCGUUUCUUCAGGAGACAGUUGAAUACCUGCAUCAGACUGCCCAUAUAUACCACUGCGAUAUUAGGAUCAAUAAUAUCUUGGUGACUGGGCACGGGAGACUGAAAUUAAUCGACUUUGAUGUCGCACACACUGAUGUGCUGGCUACCCCGCACACUGACUUCCCUACCGCGCAGUUCUUCUUUGGUGUCUCCCAGAGGCUCGAUCACCUUGACAUAAGUAUGUCCAUCCUCCUCAUGUUUAUGGUGUUGUCAGAUAUGCCCGAAGAAAUACCCUCGAAUCCCCUCGAGCCCUUCAACUUCUAUCUCGAUAAUAAACUCCAACACUCAGUCUACUUUCAACAUGUGCAAGACACGGUUCAGAGGAAGCUGCGGGCACACCUGGAACGUCCAGACAGGGAACUGUGCAUGUCCGACUAUCGUGGCAGAGGCGUACACGGGGGAUAGGUGUCCAGGAUGCCGGGGCUGAUGAUACAUUGACGUAGUUUUGGGGGUGGUUAUCACGAUUCGUUCGACACUCGUUCCUCUCUCUUUCCCCGUGCGUGUUUCGUGUUUUCGGUCUUCGUGUGGUUCCUUUCCAAGGGUGCCAACAUUCCUGGGUGUUCUCUGUUAUUUUUCGGUCACUAGAUCCGCCUCUUCCCUCAGAAUGUUGCCAAAAGCCUUCCUUAAGAAGCCUAAACUGGCGAGGAUGGCCGACUACUACCAUUCCUUGACUGUAGGACGAGCACAGGGGUUAACCAAAUUGUUCCAGACCGGUAGCGUGGAAGCGAUAAGAUUUAAAUCUAUUUAUCCGUUAAUUUGACAAUCCAGGCCCCUCCUUUUUACCUAUGCCAGUUACAAAUAUGGAUCCUCGAAACCUAACUCGCGUCGAUUCCGCGUCCUGCUGAUGCAACUUUCGCAUCAUCCAGGCCGAAGGCUUCAAUUUUUAUUUUAUUUUAUAUUUCUUUUCGUUUCUUUUUCUUUUUCUUUUUCUUUUU